AUGGCGUCUAAUUUCCCAACAAAAAAGAGUGGAGAGGUCGAUCUUCGUACAAGGAAAGGCCAUGACAUGACAUGGUCAUGUGACAAGCAUGGUGAGCCAAUCAAAUUUUACUGUAAGAAACACACAGUUCCCAUAUGUCAUCCAUGCGCUACCAAAGAUCACAGUCAGAAACCAUGUGAGCUAGACGACAUCGAGGAUGUCAUCUUCGAAAGGAGGAGACAGCUGGAUGAGAAACGGCCAAAAAUACAGGAACUUCAAAAACAAAUGGAAGCCCUCAUCAAGAAAAUAAAGACUGUAUCAACGUCUGGAAGUACUCAUCUUCAGACAAUUAACAACAACAUUCAAGCAUCAUAUCACGACAAGAUCAAAUCUGUUGAAGAAAAGGAGAACAGGAUGAUAAGGGUUAUUAACGAAGAGGCAGAUGAAGAAAUAAGACUAGUAAAUGAGAAGAGAGAAAAACUGAUCAAGGAUUGCAACACCGAGAGAGAAAAGGAGCGACAAAUCAUCAAAGACAGAGAAGCACAACUUCUGUCAGAUGCAAAGAAAAUCAGCGAAAUUGUUUCUAAAAAGAUCCUAGAUCUUACUAAUAAGAAUCAGCAUGUAAUAAACACUAUCAAGAACAUUGAAUCAACUAUCACACGUAUAAACCAACAUGAUGAAACAUUGGUGAAUCAGGACGAUCAGUCUAAUAUCUACGUCAUCAAUCCUGCGAAUGAUGAGAUAGUAAACACUAUUACGCUGAAGGGUAAAAAGUUGAGGGGUGAGAUACAAGCAUUGUCAUCAGGUGAUAUCGUUGUGAAGACAGGUUACAAUACAUACACUGUCAUCUCACGAUCAGGAGAAGAGAAGGCUGUCAUACACUGUAGUGAGUGGUGCGCCUCAGAGUGUCGCGUUGACAAACUGACAGACACACUCUACAUCGCGUACCGGAAUAAAGCGCGUACUGCCUACGCAGUUGAUCAGGUGUCAUGUGAUGGUAUCAUCCAGUCAAGGAAGAUCGUGGAAUACGUGAAAACAGAUCGCCCUCACUACUUCAGCCCUUGUCUUGUUACUCCUUCUGGUAACCUUGUAGAAUGCAAUGGAGACAAACUUCUUCUCUACCAGAAGACAUUCAUCUUUUAA